AUGGCAUUUGCAAGAUCCAAAGAAGGUAUAUUCGUUAACCAGAGAAAAUAUGUUAUUGAUCUCCUUGGACAAACAAGUUUGCUUGGUUGUAAAAUAGUGGAGACUCCGAUCGAGCCUAACUUGAAGUUACAAGCUACUAAGGCUAAAAAAGUAAAAGAUAGGGAACAAUAUCAGAGACGACUUGUAGGGAAAUUGAUUUACUUGUCUCAUACACGGCUUGAUAUCGCCUUUGCAGUCAACAUGGGAGAGGCUUACUGUUCAAGAAACAUGGACAUCUUCGAGUUGAAGUCUACACUGAUGCGGACUGGGCAGGAAGUGUUACGAACAGGAGAUCAACAUCCGAAUACUACUCCUUUAAUUCUUAAAGAAUUGAAGCUUUCUCAUCCGCCUCCUAUAAAGGUUUAUUGUGACAACAAAGCAGCUAUAUCUAUAGCUCAUAAUCCAGUUCUACAUGAUCGCACAAAACAUAUAGAAGUGGAUAAACAUUUCAUCAAGGAGAAAAUCAAUGCUGGAAUAAUAUGUAUAACAUAUCUUCCAACAGGUGAACAAUUAGCUGAUGUGCUAACGAAAGGACUACACAAAAAGCAAUGUGAUAAGCUAACUAGCAAGCUGGCUAUGGAAGAUAUCUUCAAACCAACUUGA